AGAGAAUGGGAGAGCUAGGCUUAAAACCCUUCCUCCUCCUCGGUCCACUCUGCUUCCCCCCGCGGCUCCUCUUGGGGUUGCUCUCAGGCGCGAAAUCCCUCUCUUCUCGUCUCAUUCCCCGAAUACCUCCAACCACUGGAAGCUUUCCUGCCCGGCGCAGGAGAGAAAUCAGGCAUGGGCGGGUGCGGACAAGAGAGGCCGUUCAAUUUCCUCCAGGUUCUGUGUGAGGGCGUCAUAGCUGGAGGAGCCGCUGGUGUUGUGGUGGAGGCGGCUCUGUACCCGAUUGACACCAUCAAAACCAGGCUUCAGGCUGUUCAAGCUGGAAGUCAAAUUCAAUGGGAAGGCCUCUAUUCUGGAUUAGGUGGAAAUCUUGUCGGUGUUCUACCGGCUUCUGCUUUGUUUGUGGGAAUAUAUGAACCAACGAAAAAGAAACUACUAGAUGUGCUUCCUGAAAAUUUAAGUGCAGUUGCUCAUCUUACUGCAGGGGCCGUUGGAGGUUUUGCUGCCUCUCUCUUCCGUGUCCCCACAGAGGUGAUCAAACAAAGAAUGCAAACUGGUCAAUUCAGGUCUGCGCCUAAUGCUGUUCGUCUCAUAGUUCGCAAAGAAGGAUUUAAAGGUCUUUACGCUGGUUAUGGUUCAUUUUUACUUCGAGAUCUUCCCUUUGAUGCCAUUCAGUUCUGCAUAUACGAGCAGCUUCGAAUUGGUUACAAGCUUGUGGCAAAGAGGGAGUUGAAUGAUCCAGAGAAUGCACUUAUUGGUGCUUUUGCCGGUGCGAUUACUGGCGCUAUAACAACACCCCUUGAUGUCCUGAAGACAAGGUUGAUGGUUCAGGGGCAAACAAAGCAAUACUCUGGAAUUGUAAGCUGUGCUCAGACUAUCUUGAGGGAGGAAGGCCCUGUGGCAUUCUUGAGGGGCAUCGAGCCACGAGUGCUGUGGAUCGGCAUUGGCGGUUCCAUCUUCUUCGGCGUGCUGGAGAAGACAAAGGCAGUGCUCGCCGAGAGGAGCAGCCACAAAACGCUGGCGGACAAGGACCAGUGAACCAACCAAAGAUGCUUCGCCUGUUACUCCAUGGGGCACAGAAUCAAUCCUCUGUCUCUAAGUAUGGAUCGAGUGUGCCCUGUUGCACUGCAGUGCUGCAUGACAAGAAGCAACCUGACCUGCAGCUCAAAAGUUGAGCACCAUUUCUGCUGAGGGAGGAUCCAGUGGUCUGAUAGCCUAGUACUCCGUAGUAGUAGUAAGAUCGAAGCUUUUCCUAUGAUGAGUAGAUGUUGAGAAGUGACACUCAGAUUAAGCUGAUAUGGCUCAAGCUGCUAGAUGGAAUUGCUGAAAUCGGAAUGGAUGGGCGUCCAUUCUAGUAUUGACACAGUCACACAGACCCUUUAAAGAGAAAUAAGUACUCCGUAGUAGUACAGUACUCCAUACUCCCUUCGGAGUAGUACUUAUUGACACGAGCAUAUGUCUAUCGUUAUCCUUAAUCUAUUGUCUAAUGUGUGACAUUUGUUGUUCGGGGCCAUAGAUCACACAUUGGUUGUCUAAUGGAUGCACGUACAUUCUAUA